AGUUUCUAAUAUUUUCGUCGUACAAAUCGGACGGAACUCGGAUCACCAUAAAAUAAAAUGAGCAAGAAAAUGGAUUCAAAAAGAAAGAAGGAACGCUCUCGUAAUUAUUCGCCGAGAGAAAUCGGAAUCCCAACAAUCUUCACACCAGUUCCUCCACAUGAGAAGGCUCUGAUUGCUGAGCAAAGUCUUCGACGUUUCCGUACUUCAGUUGCCAAAACUCCCUCCAAAUCUGACAUGUCUUCAUUUCAAGAGUCUACAGCUGCUGAUUCAAAACAAAUUGCUGAUCCGCACGUUCUGCCACGUAUGGCAUUGAUUCGUGUGUAUUUCAUGCAAAACUUGUUCACCACAUUUGAAUUGGCAACUGAUCGAUCACUUCAGACACUUCUACGGAUUGUGCUGAAUGCUAUAUCCAAAGAGAUCCGCAAUGAGUUCUCAUUCUACGUCUUUGCUUCUCCAUAUGAUGUAAUUUGGAAACGUCCACGUUGUGAAGUGAUGAAGACACCACCAUCGGAUAACAUUUUUCGACAAAUUCUAGUUCCAUCUCAAAUGAAUUUGACAUUGUCUGAACUAUUCUUGGAGACAAAAACGGAUGGCCUAGAAUUGAUGAAUAUAUAUUUAUUCGUUAAAAACAUGACAGAUGAAAAUGGGUCAGUUGAUGGUAUGCAAUCACGGAAAAGUUGGAAGUAUCAGCAAGUCAUCAAUUAGUACUCGAAUGUAUUUAUGAUUUAUUUCUAAUAAACAUGAAUUUUGACUAGAACUUUGAAUAAAUUCAUAUAUUCUG